AUGUUUUUCCUCCAAGCUGCUGCUCUGUGCUGCCUGAGCUCAGCGCUGUUUACCAUGGCCACAGAGCUGAUUCAAAAUGAUUUGACUCUGACCAGGAGAGCUGGAGAAAGUGUCUCCUUCAGCUGUGGGGGAACUGACCAGUGCAGCACUGCAGCUGUGUACUGGUACCAGAAGAAAGUCAGUGACAAAUUCAGAGUGAUUAUUGGUAUUAACAGACGCACUGGUGCGAUCACUUCAGACUACAACCACCCUCAGCAGAAUGAUUUCUCUGCUGUGGUAAAACAGAACAGCUGGGAGUUGGAGCUCAAAACAGUUAAAGUCAUUCAUUCAGCCAUCUACUACUGCUCCUGUUCUCAGAGUUCCCACAACAUGAUCUUUGGCUCUGGAGCUAAACUGUACGUAACAGCUACGCCGGUAGCAAAGCCCUCGGUGACAGUGUACCAAGCAGCAUCCAGUGAUCAUCUGGAGGAGAAGAGAUCCCUGCUGUGUGUGGCCUCACAAAUGGUUCCUCCUGUGGUCAAGAUCACCUGGAAAAGCCAGAAGCAGGACGGAUCUCCGCUGGCGGCACCCCCUGGUGACACAGAACAGCUGGACAUCAUAGAGUCCGAUUACACUGCCAGCAUCUUGUUGAUCCAUCAGCAAGACGAGAACUCACAUACAUAUGGCUGUUCUGUCACACACGAGGGGGGGACGGUGGAGGGUCAAAUAGAGGAAGGAGUUUCUCAAAGUACACCAAAAGAACUUCCACCAGAUACACUUUCCACCAAUCAAACUUUAACAGAAGGUCCAUCAUCAGAACAUCCCGUGUCUCAAAAACAAGUAAAACUGCUCUGCCUGGUGUACACGGUGCUGAUCACGAAGAGUCUGGUGUACUGCUGUGGAGUCUCUCUGCUCAGGCUCAUCAGACGCAGCCGCAAACACGCAGCUGACUGACUGUUUCCUUCUUCUUGGCUUAUCGCUUUUCAUAUCGUUUAUCACUCAGGAUUUAGAAAAGUCUGUAACAGUGCAGCAUUUUGGUUGUUUUUUUACUUUCUUUUUUAUUUCAAUAUUAAAAAAAGAGCUGAAACAGAAAAGGCUGAAUUAUUAGCUCCCUAGUAGAUGAUUCAUCAUUUAUAGCAUUUGUUUAAUUAAAACAAAGUGUUGCCUGCUCUUCAAAGUAUUUCUCUGCAAUAUUCCGAAU